AUGGCUGCCAAGUGCCCCAACAAGAAGAAAGAUACAACGCCCGCGGCAGCCGCGAACGUAGCUGCAGGAGACGGGAAGGGCGUGGCACUCACCGUCACGUGUUCGGCUGCAAAGUUGCUGGCCGACAACAAGCACUUGUGGUUCCUUGACCCAGGAUGCUCCCAACACAUGACCGGCCGCAAGGAGUGGUUCACGGUGAUCCGUGACCCAUCUGCAACGAAAUCAGUCAAAGGGUUUGAUGGUUCUAAGCAGGAAGUUGCCGGUGUUGGUGAGGUUUUGCUGGAGGGCACUAACGGCUUGCGUGUGACCCUACAUGAUAUCCUCUUUGUGCUAGGAAUGAAGGCCAACUUGGUCUCCCCUGGGCAGCUCUUGGACAAGGGAGCAAAGCUGCAAACCGAGGAAGGUGUCACUCGCAUCAUCGCAUCAGGAGAUCAAGUGGCUGCAAUGGCACGAUACCGCCAUCGCCUUCACUACCUUGACCUGAAAUCGGGGCCAGCAAGGAAUGGUGCAACGGCUGUAGCGGCAUGCAACGGCACGGCGGCUGCAGCGGCAUGCAUCGAUAUAGCGGGUGGAGCUGCGAGCAACGGCACAGGGGCUGCAUCGGCAUGCAACGGCACGGCGGCUGCAACGGCAAGCAACGGCACGGCGAAGGAGAUUGCUGAUGUGGCAUCAAGCAAGCUGGAAGCUAAAGAUGGAGCGGCCAACCUCAAGACGUAUGCGGUAGGCUCCAAGGCAACGUCGAACCUGUGGCACGCUCGCCUUGGAAACGUCCACCUUGAUGCAGUGAAGCGGACAGCCACGAGCGGUGGCGUGUUCGGCAUAGACCUGGAGAAAGGAGGUGAGGAUAUGCCGUGCACUUCCUGCCAUGAAGCCAAACUCACUCGUAAAUCAUUUCCGCUGCAUGACGAGCGAGAGGAGCAUGUACUUGGGCUGAAUCCGCCGCCACCACGUACCGUCAUCGUGGUCCCGGUACCGUCUGUGCAAGGGGGCGAGAAACCCCUUGAUCGCUCGGUGGGCAGCAAGGCACCCACUGCACCUCCUCCUCUUGGUCCACCCUCCGUUGCUGAUUUGGCGCCCAUAGGAACAGAGGAUGGUUCUUUGGAGGUUGACACCAGCAUGGCUGAUCACGAGGAGGAAGAAGAAGAAGUAGCAGUGGUUGAGCACAGGCCUAACAAGGGGGUGCCACCCGUACGGUUUCAGCCAUCAGCCAUGACGGCCCUGGAUGCGGAUGAUGAGGACAACCCGUACGACGCCCUAUACUACAAGGAUGGGGCGAGCGGGAAGCGCGUGUGGCUGCUAGUCUACGUGGAUGACCUGCUAGCGGCAAGUGAAGACCAACAGCUGCUGCAGGACCUGAAGGGGUUGCUGGCCAAGGCGUUUCAGCUCCGUGAGGUGGAGCCAGCGGUGCGCUACCUAGGGCUGCAGAUUGUGCGAGAUCGCCCUAACAGGACACUCUUCCUGCACCAGAAUGCGUACGUGGCGAAGGUGCAGCAGCGGUACUUCAAGGGGGCGCCACCAAAGAAGCAGCCGAUCACUCCUCUCUCCUCUGCCAGCUUUGCCAAGCAGGAUGCCGGGCAGACAGGAGUGAGCAACACGCGGGCGAGGGCUGUGGUGACUGCUAUAUUCGGAGAGGAGUGGUACCUAUGCUGGAUUGGCAGUGUGAGUGGCAGCGUCAAUGCUCGCGCUCAUUUUCCCCUCUUCUCCCUCGGUUCCCUCACUUCACCCCCUCAUGUGCCCCAUUCUUCCUCUUAUUUCCCCCCAUCCACCCUCACAUUACCCCCCUUUCUCCCCCUCAAUUUGGCCCCCUUCACACCCCCAUUUCUCCCCCAUUUCCCGUCGUCCAUUUCUCCCCCAUAUCCCUCUCAGCCCCCCUCGCCCUUAUUUUACCCCCUUCUCCUUCUCACCUUCCUCCUCCCCUCAUCAUCAUUUCCCCCAUUGCUCCCUCUCAUUUCCCCCUUCUCCCUCUCAUUUCUGCCCCUUCUCCCUCUCAUUACCCCCCCGUCUCCCCCUCAUUUGCCCCCCUUCUCCCCCCCAUUUCUCCCCCUUCUCCCUCUCAUUGCCCCCUCUUUUCAUUCUCAAAUUCUCCCCUUCUCGCUCUCAAAUCCCCCUUACACCCCUUUCCCCUCUACUCCCUAUCAUAUCCCCGCUUCUCCCUCUCAUUUCCUACCUCGCUCCUUCUCAAUUCCCUCGUUGCGCACUCUUAGCCCCCCCCCAUUAUUGCCCUCGUUUACUCCCCUUCUCCCUCUCAUUUACCCCUCUGCUCCCCUCAUUUCGCCCCCUACUCCUUCUCACAUCCCACACUUCACCCACUCAUUUUCGCCCCUUCUCCACCACACGUCCCCCCCUUCUCUCCCUCAUUUCCCUUCCUGCUCCUUUCACUACCCCCCCAUCUCCCCCCCAUUUCCCUCCGUCUUCCCCUUCGUUUCUCCCCCUUCUCCCUCUUUUUAUCCCCUUUUCACCCUCUCAAGUUCCCCCCUCCAGUCUCUCAUAUCCCCCUUCUCUCCCUCCCCUCCCACCCCCACCCUCUUCGAUGUCGUGCUCCAAACGCGCCACCUUGACCUGGCGGUAUCCGAGAAUUCCGCGGCAGCGUGA